AUGAAAGAACUAUAUGGUCAAAACGGACCCAAACAAGCUCAUUUCAGUCCAUAUGCUUUUAAUGGAGGAACUGUGUUGGCAGUAGCAGGAGAAGAUUUUGCUGUAGUAGCUUCAGACACACGACUUAGUGAAGGUUUCUCAAUUCAUUCUAGAGAGGCACCUAAAACCUAUAAAUUAAGUGAAAAAACUGUGCUAGGAAGUUGUGGUUUCCAUGGUGAUGUUUUGACGUUGACGAAAGUGAUUGGAGCCAGAUUAAAGAUGUAUGAACACAGUCACAAUAAGAAGAUGAGUACCACCAGUAUAGCUGCCAUGUUAUCAACUAUGUUAUAUUAUAAACGAUUCUUUCCUUAUUAUGUUUAUAAUAUAAUUGGUGGAAUUGAUGAUGAAGGUAAAGGGUGUGUGUUUAGUUUUGAUCCUGUUGGAUCCUAUGAAAGAGAAGCUUAUAGAGCAGGAGGAUCAGCUAGUUCUAUGUUACAACCUCUAUUAGAUAAUCAGAUUGGGUUUAAGAAUCAAGAAGGAGUAGCAGUAGUGCCAUUGAGUAAAGAAAAAGCAGUAAAUCUAGUAAAAGAUGUAUUUAUAUCAGCAGCUGAACGAGAUAUUUACACUGGAGAUGCCAUCAUAGUUAAAGUUAUAACUAAAGAUGGAGUCACAUCAGAACAAUUCCCAUUACGUAAAGACUAG